GAUAAACGAACAAAAAAAACUGAUAAAAUAAUAAUUACUCAACAUCUCCUCUCGAAUUAAAAUGAACAGCAAAGCUCUGUAUACAAAACCCUAAUCACUCACUGUGUUCGAGAAUGACAAUCACACACAGUUUGAACUGCAACUAGUGUUUCCUUCUGCUAUCGCGCCCGCUGACUGGGAUCGCAUUUUGAAAUUUAUCGUAAUAUUCAUUUUGAGUGGUUAGAAUCUUGCUUGUUGAUCGAUCGAUGGCGGAGGAGGCGGCGGCGGUGGAGAGGAACGGCGAUGAUCAGAGUGAGACCAGUGAUUACACGUCGGAAGACGAGGGAACGGAGGACUACAGGCGCGGGGGGUACCACGCUGUGCGAAUCGGUGACACAUUCAGGCACGGCCGAUAUGUAGUUCAAAGUAAGCUCGGCUGGGGUCAUUUCUCUACCGUCUGGCUCGCUUGGGAUACACACAAUUCGCGGUAUGUAGCUCUUAAAGUUCAAAAGAGUGCACAGCACUACACUGAAGCAGCAAUGGACGAGAUCACUAUAUUAAAACAGAUUGCCGAGGGAGACCCUGAAGAUAAGAAAUGUGUUGUAAAGCUUUUGGAUCACUUUAAGCAUUCAGGGCCAAAUGGGCAGCAUGUUUGUAUGGUUUUUGAAUACUUGGGUGACAAUCUUUUGACCCUAAUUAAAUAUUCGGACUACAGAGGAAUUCCUCUUCACAUGGUUAAAGAAAUUUGCUUCCAUGUUUUAGUGGGAUUGGAUUAUUUGCACAGGCAUCUGUCAAUCAUACACACAGACUUGAAACCAGAGAACAUAUUACUUCUUUCAAUGAUCAAUCCAGCUAAAGAUGCGGCUCUAGUCUUGCCAUUCAGUAAAAGCAAAAUCCUGUCUGAAUCCGGGACUUCUAAAGAUGCAAAGAGCUCAAAUGAAGACCUGACCAAGAACCAGAAAAAGAAAAUCCGAAAAAAGGCUAAGCGAGCAGCUCAAAAGUGUGUGGGGAAGGAAGCUUCUGACAAUGAUGAGCCAGAUAAUGAGGCUAGUAGUCCCGUUGAUUGUCAUAAUAAUGAUAAAUCCAAUGGUAAGUCCAGUGAAGAACAGACCAAUACUAAUGGAGUGAAGGAUGCACACGAAGGAUCUAAACUUAAUAGGAGAGGCAGCCGUUCAACAAGGCAGAAGCUAUUGGCUGAGGUUGACCUAAGAUGCAAAUUGGUCGAUUUUGGAAAUGCUUGUUGGACUUAUAAACAAUUCACAAGUGAUAUUCAGACAAGACAGUAUAGAUGUCCAGAGGUUAUCCUAGGAUCUAAGUACUCAACAUCAGCUGAUAUGUGGUCAUUUGCUUGCAUUUGCUUCGAGCUGGCCACCGGUGACAUUCUUUUUGAUCCUCACAGUGGUGAUAACUUUGAACGUGAUGAGGAUCAUUUGGCCUUGAUGAUGGAGCUUCUUGGUAUGAUGCCACGGAAGGUUGCCUUAGGUGGGCGCUAUUCCCGAGAAUUAUUUAAUAGAUAUGGAGAUUUGAGACAUAUACGACGAUUAAAAUUUUGGCCUCUUAAUAAGGUGCUUAGGGAGAAAUAUGAGUUUAGUGAGCAAGAUGCAAAUGACAUGGCAGAUUUCCUGGUCCAGAUACUCGAUUUUGUGCCAGAGAAAAGGCCAACAGCAGCACAAUGUCUUAAUCAUCCAUGGAUCAGUGCAGGCCCUAAGAGACUCACCCCUUCUAUGUCUCAACUCCAUUCAAUGGGAAACGAUUGUGCAGAAAAGAAGAGGGAAAAGGAUGAGAGGGAGGCGAUGGAGGAUGGAGUAGGAAACAUUGCUAUUGAUGGAGCACCAAAAGCAGUGAAAUAUUCUCAACCUAUGGCGAACCCUCCAAAACAGCCAUAGUCAAUGUGAUUGUGUGUUGUCUUCAAAUGUGUUUUACCCUUUGCCUCUUCGAAAAUUUCUGAGAUUUACUUAUUCAUAUUUUCCCUUUUAUAUCAGGGAUUGCCUCUUUCCAAUUCUUUAUUCAAGUGCUUAGGAGAAUGAGAACUGGAAGAAUGUAACUUCUUGGAGCAAUGCUACAUGUACAGGGAAAAUUUACUGGAAGUUUUACAGAAUGUCACAUGGCAAUAUUUCAUUGGAUUUUGAGCAAAUUAUAUAUUUAAAACAGCCAAACAGAUGCUGCCAUUUCAGCACCUGUAAAACUCCCAGUAAAUUUUCAUUGUAUAAGUAUCAUAUUAGAACUUCUUGUUCUCAAUGCAUAUUUCUCUGUACAAUGUUUAUUUUCUAUGUGGGGGCAUGUGUUUCAGAAUUGCUUGAGAUUAUAAUUUGUUAGACCAGAAUUGUUUA